UCACGUCCUCAAUUUAAAUCAAGAGCUUACUAAAAAAAUUUAUAGUAGUUUAUAAAAAUUUCCUUUAUAAUCAGUUUUGUUUUUGCGUACAACUAAUGUGAAAUUUCUGCCACAUCUCGGAAUUUGAUCAUUUUGUCUCCAUUUUAGCAAAUUUACAUUGAGAUAUGAGUCAAGAUUCCAAAAGCUUCCUAUCUACGAGCAACAAUAAUGGCAAAAAAGAUGAUGAAGGAGAAGAGCGCCGUGACCGUGUCCGUCAAACAUUUUGUCCGGUGUUACCAUCUGAUGGAACAAAAUGGUCACGAGAUAAUCACUACGCAUACUGGUCACAGUGGUUUUCGAUACCAAAAACCAGAGAAGAUUGGACUCGUUUCAUGAUCAAGAGUGUUCGGAGAAAAGUGAAAAUUGAUACAUUGUCUGACAAAGACCUUGAAGGAAUAAUUCGUCGAGCCAAAGCUGUUCUUUGCGUAACUCCAUCGGAAAAAGAAAAAUUGAGGAAAGCAAAUAUGGUAAAAAUAGACCCAGACCUGCCGGAUUUUUAUUACUGGACGGAUAAACAAGUUGCUGAAUGGAUUGGGUCACAUGGAUUCCCGGAAGUCAAAUCAAUGUUCCUCGUCAACAAAAUCUCUGGUAGGAAGCUUAUCAAUGUUGAUGCUUGUGCGCUCAACCAAAUGGGUCUCCGAGAUCUGGACAGGAUUCGUGCUGUGACUCGAGCAGUACGAAGUCUUCUUCAAGUUCCAGCCCCCAACGCUCUCCGAGCCAUUUUGCGGAUGGUUCCUUUCCAAUUGUAUUUACAGGAAAGGAGCAAGUUGGAGUCGGAUUACGCUACCUUUAAAGCUUAUUGCGAAAACAAUGGCUUCGACUAUAAUUAUUUGGUCAGUAGUGACAACAAAUGCAAUUUUCAGGAGUCAUUUUGCACUGUGGAAAUACAACUUCCUGGAGGUGGCGAAGACGAUGAAUCUUUUACGGAUUCAGAGGGUUCUCUAAUUUGUUCCCCUACGGUUGAAAACGUGACAAGAAACCUAUCACAGAGAGAUUUGCUUGUGGAUAAAGUGUGUGAUGAAAUACUUGGGCUUGUUAUGACAAAAGUAAUAUCAAAAGCAAAAGACGGGGACAUUGGAUCAAAUGACGAAAAAAUAUCUGUGGUUGAAAGGGUCAAGAAAAUCUUUACUGAACGAUUUGGAAAUUUAGAAUUGGAAUUGGAUGAUGAGAAAGCCGAAUUUAUCGCAGCCGUAGCAAACCAGUUGGUAGACGACAUUUUGAAAACAAGAGAGAUUCUUGGCAAUAUGGACAAGUUUUCUAGCUACAUGGAGUCUGAGGAUGAGCUGGAUUCCGACUUUUUGGAGGGGGUUCGGAAAGCUGGAACUGAGUUAUUGGGAGAAAUUAUACCAAUAGUGACGUUACUGUCCAUGGGCCAAUUGAGCUUGGAAGUUAUUCUACGGGACGCUCCGCAAAUUCAAAGUUUUGUUCAAGACUUGGUGGCAGAAGCAGAAGAUUUGUCGAGAUGGAGGACAAGCGUUGGAAGUGCUGUAGAUAUUUUGCAUGAUGAAAAGCUUGAGAUGGCGAAAGACAUUCAAAAGAAUUGGGAUGCCUGA